UGAAAAUUUUAGCCGAAACCUGGGACUUGGGUAAGGUUCGAAUAACCCGACCCAUGAACCUGAUUGAAGAACAUGCCCCGGAUCCGAAACCCGACAAUUGAAAUGUCUAAACUGGUGAACCUACCAGAACCGAUCACUCAUCGGUACAAUAGUAUCACCUGAGAUGAGGAGGUCUGGAGUUUUAAAAUUAGGCGCCAAAACCUCAGUGUAUCUUCUCACCGCCACCGGCGGCGCAGCCCUCGCGUACGAUUCUUUCAACUCCACUACCGAUUUCCCCUCCACCUUCUUAAACGGCGUCGUCCGCUCCUCUCGCGCCAUCUUCUCUAUUACUUCUUGCGUGGUCGAUUACAAGUAUUCGCUGCACGGUUUAUCCCCAAGUUCCGACGACUAUGGAGGCGCACUAUCCGAGAUUCAUCAACGGUCGGCAGACAGGAUCCUAAAAUUAUGCGAUGCCAACAAAGGUUUCUAUGUCAAAGCUGGCCAGUUUGUUGCAGCCAUGCGCCAGGUUCCGAAGGAAUACUCGUCCACUCUUUCAUCUUUACAGGACCAGGCAGUUCCUUGCAAUUUUGAAGCCGUCAAAGAAGUUAUACUCAAGAGUCUGGGCAAGGAUUUAUCGGAGAUAUUCCUCUCGUUUGAUGAGCAACCAGUUGCUGCUGCUUCGAUUGCUCAAGUACACCAUGCCUUUUUGAAGGACAAUCAGGAAGUCGCAGUCAAGGUCCAGUAUCCAGGACUGGAGUAUCAAAUGAAAUUUGACCUUGAAACCAUGGCUUUGCUCUCCAGAUCAGUUGCAUGGCUUUUCCCUGGAUACAGAUUUGAGUGGCUCGUAUCGGAAUUUACGAAGACUAUUGCUUCUGAACUUGAUUUCAUUCAAGAGGCUAAAAACUCAGAAAGAGCAGCAAAUAAUUUUAAAAAGAACAAGAUGAUCAGGAUCCCUCGUGUUUAUUGGGAUUUGACGAGCAGGCAGGUUUUGACCAUGCAAUUUUGCGAAGGACAUAAGGUUAAUGACUUGAAGUUUAUGAACCAAAUGGGGAUUAGUCCACUUGAGGUAGCAAAAGCACUAGUAGAUGUGUUUGCUGAGAUGAUAUUUGUCCACGGUUUCCUUCAUGGAGAUCCGCACCCUGGAAAUAUACUGGUUUCUUCGGAGAAAAAUGGCGUUUCUCUAGUCAUUCUGGAUCAUGGGAUCUAUAAACAGUUGUCUGAAGAUUUCAGAAAGAACUAUUGUCAACUGUGGGAGGCCUUAAUUAUACUGGAUUCCGAAAAGAUACAGCAGCUGGGAGAAAACUUUGGUGUUGGGAAAUAUGCUAGAUACUUUCCCGUUAUAUUCACUGGAAGAACCAUUAACAGUAAGUCUUUGCUCGGGAGAGGAAUGUCGUCUGAAGAGAAAAAACAUCUCAAGGAGGAACUCAAGUCUAUAAAAAUGGAGGACAUAUCUUCCUUCAUGGAGUCAUUGCCCCCCGACUUUCUUACCAUACUACGAACCGAUGGGCUAUUACGGUCUUUAAUCAGCAAGUUGGAUGCUCCUCAACGAAUCCGACUACUAAGUUAUGCCAAAUUUGCUUUGCGCGGUCUGUCUGCAGAGGCAAAUUCUGAAUCAGAUUCAGCGGUACUUCUUGUGUCCAGAGUUAAGAUAAGCAUCAAAUACAUUCGUUUGAGGUUACUUCUGGAAAUUAUGGAUUUUGUUGCAUACGUGGAUGAAGUAAGACGCUCGUUGGCUUCAAAGUUGAGACGAGUCACAACUCAUUUGAUCAGCUGGUGAUCACAAAUGGAGAGUACACCAAUGUUUCGCAUCAACCGUUUAAAUCUGGCUGACAUAUAUUCAUUUUGCUAUUAUUUGUGAGAAAAUUUUAUAGGUUCAACAAUGUCUUUCACUCUUUAGAAGAGUUGCUACAGCCUACAUGGUCCAUGAAAAGAAAAGGCAUUGAUUGUUUUAUA